GCUACGCUUGACAGAAUCAAAAACCGUAAUCGUGGUUGCUCGGUCCCGUUGACAUUGUCAUUAUCGCCAUUUAUGGUUUUGUUACCUGCUUCGCCUUUGUUACCUCUUUAACUACUGCCUCUCGCCCCUGCUAUUGCUUCCAGCUGCACUUGCUUACUACCUUGCUACCGCUGCUGCUGUUCAUACAGUUAUCAGCUAUUCCUACUACCUACUAUCAUACCAGAUACUCGUAUUGCUGGCUACUCCUGGCUGCUGGCCCUUUACUACUUGAAUCUGCCUCUCCAGUCCUUCAGGAGCCGGGCAGCCCUUUGUGUGUGAGAGCUUGUGUGUGUGGUGUGUGGCCCGAGUGUGGUUUGGACAUCGCAAUUCGUUGGUGCUUUUUUCUCUUUAUUUCCUUUUUCCAUCCUUUCGUUCAUACCUCGUCUUUCAGGUACGGAAUACUUGACUUCGAGCUGGUCGCUGUCGCCACCGUACCCGGAGCAUCUCUUAGCCUGCCCCUGGUCAGAUUCAGCCGGUUGGGAGUACCUGUACAUCCGCCUCCUGGCAGAUUUUGCGGGAUCAUCGGUAUCGCGGGUUCUCGGGAUUCCCCACCUCUUUUUCUGACGAACACCUCUUAUUUUUAAAAAGUGAACAACCUUCAAAGCCCGGUCUCCCACUAUACAGAGUUCAGGGUCAACAAACCUCCGUAAGGUAUGCUGACUAUUGCGACCAAAUUUUCGCUCAGCCUGAAUCUUCUAUAAGCGGCUCUCUCCAUUUUCCUUCUUUCUCUCCCUCUCUUUCUCUCUCUCUCCCUCUCCCUCUCUCUUUAAAAAUUACAUCGUUACUUUUUAUUUUUUUCGCUCUGUUGCGUCUUCGGUAUAAAAGCCACUAUCCUAUACUAUAAUUCGACCUCUCAACAAGUUCGCCUUGGUGGGUGUCAGCCAUCUUUUUCUUUUUAUCUCUUCCCCUCCGCUUCCCAUUUCCCUCAUGCUUCGCUGCUUCCAUUGCUCCCCCUUCAACCGCCCACAAUUUCUAUUCCUUCCUUUGAGCAGACGUGUUCUAUACUUGAACCCCUGCUUGAGAUUGUUCCACAUUGUGGAUGUUUAGUUUCACUGCGCCCCGCCUCCCGUCCGGCAUAGAUGACUUUUUUUAAUCCUCCUUGAAGGGAUCCUCAUUUUUGUUUAGCAGCAAGAAGUCGAUAUUCUACAUAUCCUAGCUUUCGCUCUGGCUGCAAUCGCCCAGAAAUGAGGGUUAGAGUCGCUCUGCGGUCAUGUGGCCGAUACCUAUCGUUAAUGUUAUCUCUCUCAUAACAAGGGAAUCGCUACCAAGUUUUCCACGUUAAAGCGCAUCUGACACGACACCGAAUUUUUCCACUAACGCUAUUUUACCCAAUAGAAAGAACAAAUAAACAACACAAAUAUAACAGAUAAGAUAACCUGCCGAACUAUUCACAACUUGGACGGGAUUUUUUUAUAUAUAUUAAAGACUUUGGCGUUUCGGCUCUCCGUUGGCUGCAUGGACGUUUCUCCACACGAUCGUGGGCGCAAAAGAGCAAUGGCUACCACUAUGACCAUGGCACCAUCUGCAUCGUCAACACUUUCUGGGGCUGACCAGUCCCUUCCACCGUUGCAUCAGGUGCAGUGAUGUUGGCCCUGAUUGUUCGAUGCUUGACGACUGACUUGUAGUGUAAGGCUAUACCUGAAUUUUACUCUCAUCUUCCAGGCGAGAUGCACUCCUCUGGUUCCUGGGGCUCAAUACCCCGCAGGAUAGCUGAUCGAGACUCACCGUCAUCUCGAUCGGCUCGACGUAUAUCGCAAAGCCCAGCGAGUGCCGUUUCCGAGACCUCUACAAGUAUGCCCGGUUUCUCAUCACCUCAAUGGCGAAGGGCUAGUGCUGCUCCGGCCUGCCCUGUUCGAAAUGUACCUCUAACAGGUGGUCGGGCAGUCACGACGCCGAGCGACCCAGAAGCUCGUUAUGAUGCUCCAAGCUAUGCGUUACCGCCUUCAGUGGUGGAUCAGAGACGAAUAAGCAUUAUAUCAUCGUCAGCUCCGUCGUCAUUCGGUGCUGAGAAUAGGCAGAGCCCCUACCUCCCGUCUGUGGAAUCACUGGCAUCCUCUCGGGGUUCCUCGUUCGAGAUAGACUCUUCGGAGCGGUCACAGGCUUCUGUAACGCUACCCUCAUUAUUUACGCAUUCUCAAAGCCAUGCCCAACCUCCGCAGCAGGGUACUCAAAUUAACUCACCUAUUGACACUGAAAUGCGAUACCAAUCGUCACCUCAGGAUCAGCAUCUGCGAUACUCUGGGCGCCCCACGGCCCCAACAGCGGCCUCCUCCUCCUCUUCUUCUUACCGCGCUCCAUCACCAGGACACCAUUAUCCCUCGCCUCAUUACUACCAUUCACCACAUAACCAAUCGCAGCGGAUAGAGGGGGGUGCAAAUUUCGGGCUAGGGCACCCGAUGAUGGUCGACAGCAGAUCACCAUUCUCGACUGGAAACCAUCCAGUCGACAUGGCUAUUGACCAUUUUGACCAUGGACGCCCAGGCAAGAGGCGACGAGGGAAUCUCCCCAAACACGUCACCGACCUACUCCGAGGGUGGCUGAACGACCACCUGCACCAUCCCUAUCCCACGGAGGACGAGAAGCAGAUGCUGAUGCAACAGACGGGCUUAAAUAUCAAUCAAGUGAGUUCAACGAAUCCUUUGAAUACGAUGAUCACACCUGCUUACAAAAAAACACUUAGGUGAGCAACUGGUUUAUAAAUGCCCGUCGACGCAGAUUACCCAGCAUCACAAACGCUGGCCGUGUAGAACCUGACCAGAAGCUCCCGCACACUAUGGGAAGCAUGAGCCAUGGUCAGUGAUGGAAAAAUGAGCUCAGUUCACGGAACCUGGGAAAGUUUCCUUCGGAUAUUGAGCUGUUCGGAGGACACCCAGAGCCUAGAACAAACACCUUCAUUUUAGAAUCAUGAUACAAAACCCCAGUACAGGAUGAGAGGGAUGUUCUCAUGAAUGCUAGGGGGUCCUAUGCAUCUUGUAAUAACCUUUUCCUUGGUUUUUUCCUUGUUUCUUUUUGCUCAAGAUCAAAAGCGAUUUCGAAUAUUGGGUUAUCGGGUUUCUGACUGUUCUGUGUUACUACUGAUAUCUACCUUCUUAUACUUGCAUCUAUUUCUAGUUUACUCUUUUUCUAUUAUCUCAAUAUCCUCAUACUUGAAUAUUUUAUACAGGGUGCAUAUCGGAGCAUGCAAUUGCGGUGGGAGGGUGUGUGUCUAUGUUUCUGUGUUUUAUCUCUUAUCACGGGGCGCGAAGAAUAGGAUUUCACUCUGUUGUCGACACGCAGGGGUAUUCCUUUUUUUCCCCUUCCUUCUUCUCUUGCGUGUUUUCACUGUGUAGUCAUGUUGUUCUUCACUAUGUGUGUGGUGGGGGGCUUUGUCUUUCUCGCUCCUGUCUUCGUUUACUUACUUCGUUCCCGUGUUGUAUAUGUCUUGAUCAGGAGCAGAGCCCGCCGAUGGAUUCUGCACCACAUCUCCGUUUCAUUAUCGCACCAAGCUAGCAGCGUACGCUUUAUCCGUUAGAGUCCUUUCCCUUACCGAAUUGGUCAACUUUCCAGGAGUGAGGGCCAUUUCAUCGAUCAUAUCUGUUGAUCCGGAUUUAUUCCAACUUUUUUUUGUUUGAGGUUGAUUCGAAAUGAUGAUUGUUUAUCACAGUUGUACGAAAUGCAUGGGAACCAGUAGACAGGCAGCUAGCUCUGAAGUAUUUUUAGGAGGGGAAUAGAACACCUAUCACGCACAC